ACUAGAUACCUUACUAGGUAGGUAGGGUAAUUCUUCUCCUUUUCCCCUUCUCACACACGCUAAUAAGACAAGCAGCCUCGUUGGAUAAGACCCUCGACAGGAGAGCCCAACAAGGAUGAUUGAUUUAAUUUUCGUUUCGUUUCGUUUCUUGUCUUGCCUUGUCUUGUUUUGUGUUUUUCUUUUUUCUUCUCUUCUGUUUUGUUUUUUUUCUUCCUUUUGCCUCGUCGACGAGAUCUGCCAGGCGAGAAUAAGACCUAAUGGCGGACUAAAACCUGAUCUAGGAAAAGUAUGGGGAAAAGGGAAGAACGAAACACAGACUUCGAAGUUCGAUACCCAAAGAUUUAAAAAUCAAAGGAUGUUGCUUAAUUAUGUACCAGUCAGUCAAGACGAGGCUUUGGACCAUGCGCGGCAGCGGGUCUACAAUCCUCGCUCUCUCCCACGAUACGCUUGCCCAAUUUGCAUGUACCGGUAUGUAUUUAAUUUACGAGAAUCCCGCGGGCUUAGAUCGACUCUUGGCCUUGCAACCUGGCCCGGGUUUGGCUCUCGAGACCCUUGCAAGUUCGAAUGGGUUGCCAAACAAGCUAGCGUGCUAGGAACUGGUGUGAUUUGACAGGGCGCUAGGGCACGUUGAAGAAUUAUAAGUAUGUACCUGUCUACCUAGGUAUCUAGCAUUAAUUAUCUGCUAUAUACAUACCUACAUAGGU